CCGAGACGUUCAGGGUCUAAACGACUGCCCCAGAGCCGCGGCUACCGCUGCUGUUGCUACAUGUCUGCGUCACUUACCUUCCCUAAAUCCACUUCUACCGCAUACGAAUGAAGAUUGGCCACGUUUGGGACCGACUCUCGAAGCGGCGUUGUGUCCGGACAGCGUGCGUCUCUGCGGCUACGAGCCGAGAAAUCAAGAGCGGUGCUUGGAGUCUGCCGCCCGUGCUUGCGUGCAUAUUACCAGGUAUGCCAAAGGAUAAAUAUGACCCUCCAGAUCCUCGUAGAUGUUACACCAUCAUGCCAACUGAGGAGGUGGCCAGUGGGAAGAAGUCUCACUGGACAGAGCUUGAGAUUUCUGGGAGAGUGAGGCGCCUGAGCAGCUCUCUGUGGACAUUCACUCACAUCACAACACUUCACAUCAACGACAACAACCUGACCCACAUCCCACCCGACAUUGCCAAGCUGCCCAAUCUGGUCUACCUGAAUCUGUCUUCCAAUAAGCUGCGCAGCCUGCCUGCUGAGCUAGGCAACAUGGUCUCUCUCAGGGAAUUACUUCUAAACAACAAUCUUCUGCGGGUUCUGCCUUAUGAACUUGGUCGUCUGUUCCAGCUCCAAACACUGGGACUGAAAGGAAACCCUUUGUCACAGGACAUUCUCAACCUGUACCAGGAGCCAGAUGGAACCAGGAAGCUUCUCAACUACAUGCUUGACAAUCUAGCAGUUCAUCCAGAGCAUCUUCCAGAGCGACCGUGGAUCACUCUGAAGGAACGAGACCAAAUGAAUCCCACAGCUGUGUUUACCGUUAUGUGCUACAAUGUCCUGUGUGACAAGUAUGCCACGCGGCAGCUUUAUGGAUACUGUCCAUCUUGGGCACUGAACUGGGAGUAUCGGAAAAAAGGCAUCAUGGAGGAAAUCACCAACUGUGAUGCCGAUAUCAUCAGCCUACAGGAAGUUGAGACGGAGCAGUACUACACUUUGUUUUUGGAAACUCUAAAGGAAUGUGGCUAUGAUGGCUAUUUCUGUGCAAAAUCUCGUGCCAAACUGGUGUCGGAACAGGAGAGAAAACACGUCGAUGGCUGUGCUGUGUUCUUCAAGACUGACAAAUUUACUCUGGUGCAGAAACACACCGUUGAAUUUAACCAAGUGGCCAUGGCCAACUCCAAGGGCUCCGAGAUCAUGCUAAACAGGGUGAUGACCAAAGACAACAUCGGUGUGGCUGUUCUGCUGGAGGUCAACAUGGACACAUUUUCUGGUGUCAUGAAGACUCCACAAGAGCGGCAGCUCCUCCUGGUAGCCAACGCUCAUAUGCACUGGGACCCGGAAUACUCGGACGUGAAGUUGAUUCAGACCAUGAUGUUCCUGUCGGAACUAAAGAGCAUCACUGAGAGAGCUGCAGGCUCAGUGUCGAGCGGCUCACCCACCUUUGACCCUGCCUCCGUCCCCAUCGUCCUCUGUGCUGACCUCAACUCUCUGCCAGACUCAGGUGUAGUCGAGUACCUGAGCAAUGGCGGAGUAGCCAAAAACCACAAAGACUUUAAGGAGCUUCGCUACAACGAAUGUCUGACCAACUUCAGCUGCAACUGCAAGAACGGCGUCUCUGACGGAAGCAUCACCCACAGCUUCCAACUGAAGAGCACAUAUGACAGUAAAAUGAUGCCUUACACCAACUACACCUAUGACUUCAAGGUAAAAACAGAAUAAACUCAGCUGAUUGGCUGCAUAAGCUGCUCAGUCUGAUUAUUUUAUACUGAAGACGUGGAGCGGUACGGUGACAGAGAGGACAAAUUACUGUUAAAUUCCAACUAAUUAGUCUGACUACAACCACAUUUUUAUCAAUACUUGUGUAAACCUCCCCCCGCCCCAACCCCCACAUCCA